AUGCACAAGCUCAAAGAUUCCGGCCUCAUUCCCGACGUCUGCGACCAUUUCCCCAAAGAAACCCUGGCAGUCCGUUAUUUAGACUCUGGUAAAUCAGCAGAGGUCAAGUUCGGGAACGAACUGCGACCAAGCCAGGUCUCGCGUGCUCCUUCAACAGUGACCUGGACAGCCAAACCUGGGCAACUGUACGCAAUCAUUAUGGUUGACCCGGAUGCCCCGAGUCGCGUCGAACCCUCGUACAGAAGUUGGCUGCAUUGGCUCGUCACGAACGUGCCGGGAUCCGAGGUCAAUCGAGGUGACCUUGUUGCGUCUUACAAGGGUUCGGCCCCACCGAAAGACACUGGGAAUCAUCGGUAUUUCCUGUUGGUUUUUGAGCAGCAAAGGGGUCGCAUUGAUGUUAGGGAAACGUUUGAGAAACGGGCGUCGUUUGAUACCCGGAAAUUCAUAAAUGAAUAUGGUCUGGGAGAUCUGAUUGCUGGGAAUUACUUCGUGGCUUCUUACCAAGGCUGA